ACUACCCAGGAAGGCGGUGCAGGUUGCGAUCUCCGCUUUCGCUUUCCCUUCCCGUGCCCACUCCUGCCUGGCUCCUCGUGCAGCGCUAGGCUCCCCCCACCCCGGCCAUGGCCUUGCUCAGGGUCCAGCCCGACGCCCAAGCCAAGGUGGAUGUGUUUCGUGAAGACCUGUGUACCAAGACAGAGAACCUGCUUGGGAGCUAUUUCCCCAAGAAGAUUUCUGAGUUAGAUGCAUUCUUAAAGGAUCCAGCUCUGAAUGAAGCCAACCUGAGCAAUCUGAAAGCCCCAUUGGAUAUCCCAGUGCCAGAUCCAGUAAAGGAGAAAGAGAAGGAGGAGCGGAAGAAACAGCAAGAGAAGGAAGACAAGGAUGAAAAGAAGAAAGGGGAAGAUGAAGAUAAAGGUCCUCCCUGUGGCCCAGUGAACUGCAAUGAGAAGAUUGUGGUCCUUUUGCAGCGCCUCAAGCCUGAAAUCAAGGAUGUUAUUGAGCAUCUCAACCUGGUUACUACCUGGCUGCAGCUACAGAUACCUCGGAUUGAGGAUGGAAAUAAUUUUGGAGUGGCUGUUCAGGAGAAAGUGUUUGAGCUGAUGACCAGCCUUCAUACCAAGCUGGAAGGCUUCCACACUCAAAUCUCUAAGUAUUUCUCUGAGCGUGGUGAUGCAGUAACCAAAGCAGCCAAACAACCCCAUGUGGGUGACUUUCGGCAACUGGUGCAUGAGUUGGAUGAGGCAGAGUACCGCGACAUCCGGCUGAUGGUCAUGGAGAUCCGUAAUGCUUACGUGAGGAGGCAGGGGCAGGGGUGGGCAGAGGCACCUUUUUCAGGCUACCCACUUUCUAACCUUGCAGGCUGGGGAUGGAAGAUCACAAAGCUCAGCCUCUCCACAAGGCUAGAAAUGGGGCACAGAAUCACAGUGGGCCUGUGUCUGACCCCCACUCCUUCCUGGCCCUAUAGGCUAUAUUGUAUGAUAUCAUCCUGAAGAACUUCGAGAAGCUGAAGAAGCCCCGGGGAGAAACAAAGGGAAUGAUCUAUUGAGAACCUCUUCUCUCUUCUGUGAUGCCUACAGCAGAGACCUUCCUAUAUUUUGCCAGGGAUUCCAGACUUUCCCCUACCUUUUUCCUGUUGCAAUUUCUCCCUCACUUUGCUUCCCAGACACAAUAAAUAAAGUCAUAUCAUUGCCCA